GAGCUUUCAAAGCCUUGCCGAUUCCAUUGCCGUUUAGUGGAAGACCAAAGGACGUAGAUCCUACGCAACGAAGAGCACUAUCGGACUUUCUUCGGAGCGACCACGCAAGAUUCUGGGACAGCAAUAACUCUUGGCCAGCGGUAUUCCUGACAGACACGGCAGACUUUCGUGGUUACAUGAAGACUUGUUACCAUCARCAAUGUGACAACAUGGAUCGAGUUAAGCCAGAGAUGAUUACAUUCAUGGGAAGAACCGCUGAUGCAUUAGUAGCGGCGGCUCAAUCGCUGACAGAACAAGUUUGUCCUUCCAGAGAAAACUGCAAGAACGUAACCAUCAAAGGCGACAAUUCAACCAUUUCUUCCCCGUCCUACCCUUCUGAGUACCCAAAUGGCAUCGAAUGUAGCUGGCUCAAAGAAAUCAGUAGUUCAAGUGGCAGCCAAUUGUUGCAGUUUGAGGAUUUCAAUCUUGAAGAAAGCGCCAGUUGUGCUAAUGACUUCUUGGAGGUGUCAGCGGGAAAUACCAUUGACAACAUGCGUGUUAUUGAUAAAUACUGUGGCUCGACCAAACCCAGUACCAUCCGCGUGCCUCAUAAGAUAGUCAAGGUUGGCUUUGUUACUGAUGCCCUGGUUUCAAAGAAAGGAUUCAGGAUCACCUGGACAACGCCACCCCAAAAACCAAAUUCGAGUAGUACGGCAGGAAAAGGUGUCCUGUGUUUGUCUGCAUUACUUGCCGUGUUGAUCCAUGUCCUCAUCUGAGACAUAUAUACUGACUGCCUUGCUAAUUGAACCAACCGAUUCCUGCAUAAUGUCUUGCCAAACAGCUAACACUAUUUUUGUUAUAGAGGCUUUGCACAAUCACGUGGUGGCAGCCAUGACAGGAGGCAGGACAAGUGAAUCUGAUAUAAUCUGAUUUACACGUGAAAUAAUUCAGUUUCCCAGGGGGAAAAGAUUCUAUUGUUGUGCCUCCUGUCAUGGCUGCCAUCACGUGAUGGUUUAAAGCUACUUUUCGCCUUAAAAGUAAAACUAAUGCAACAUUUGCUACUGCUGACCCUCAAGGAUUUUAGCAUAGAAGAAAAAAUCAUAUAUAGAACGACGUCAUAAGCUGCCAAUUAAACUGCCACUACUAAAACGAGGAACGGUGAUUUUGUUUAAAGAUAAGCUUAAUAAAAAGUGUUCUUGUAUUUGAAAG